UUCUCAUCAACUAUUAAUGCAGAAAUCUCUGCAUAUUGCCAGUUUUUUUUUCAUUUUCAUCUUACAACACGGGCUUCUGCAUCUUUGCGUUGCCUGUAAGUUGCUAAGCAAUUUAGCUAGUGAAUUGUAUUCUGUUUAUAUUCAUUUCUAUAACUUUAAACAUGCUGUAUGCCAUAAAAUCAAUGAAAUAAGGUCGCGGCCAUUUCCCAUCUAGCUCUUUGUGUUUGUUGUUUUGUGAUUGAUUAUAUGAGUAGUUUUAGAAUAUUAAUACUGACGUCUUGCAACGGCUGUCAUAGAUACAGCGAACCUCGUAAAAUAUCUUAUGUUCUACCUUAUUCGUAACGGUCUUAAGUUCGUCCUUGCAUCAAGACUAAGCCAUCCACCUGCAUUUGGGUUCAUUACUUAGUGAGCUGCUUAAUACAGGUCUGGCUGUAUAUUUUUGUAAUUGAGAGGUUGCGAGUUUGUAUUUGUGCGGGUACGCAUGUGUGUAGGUUCAAACUGUAUUUCAUGCGACAAAAUCAAGUAAAAAUAAUAACAUAAAAGUGUAAAUGUACAUGUCAUGUAUCAGGUAAAGGUUUUCUGAUAGUCUUUGGCAAACGCUGAAUAUUAUGUAUACAUGUAGAAAUUUAAUUCACAUCUUGCAUGCUCAGGUGCAUGAUGUAGCUAUUUCUCUAUUACUAAGCAUACUGCAUGCUAUUCAUAAUAGGAUCUAUCAUCACCAAUAAAAUAACAGUGUUAACUUGUUGUUGUUUGAGAUGUGGACAAAAUAAAUUGUAUUACUUUACGACAUAUGUAAAAACUUUAUUUUCAGAUUUUAACAGUGUGGAUAUAUCAACGGAUAUUUUUUAAACAGUUUAUGGUAUAUGGAGCUGGUAUUGAAAUUGCGGAAUGUAAAAUUAACUGCGCAUGUUGUAAGAAUCAAGUAUGUGGUCCAUUAGGUUAUUUUGAAGAAGGUAAUUGUUAUCAUGGUUGCAUUGCUGGGUACUAUGGUGCACGGUGUUAUCAAAAAUGCACUUAUAACUGUACAAAAUGUCACCCUGAUGACACAUGCACUUCCUGCUACGAUGGAUAUCACCUUGGUGCAAAUAAAGACUGCACUGAAAAAUGCCCCACUGGAUGUUUAUCAUGUAAAUCAACUGGAGAGACAUGCAUUGCAUGCUUAGAUGGAAUGUUUGGAGAGUUCUGUAAUGAAACAUGUCCUUUGAAUUGCAAAAAUAAAAAAUGUGAUAGAAACAGCGGUGCAUGUUCUGAUGGAUGUCAGAUGCACUUUGUUGGCAUAAAGUGUCAAAACUGUGACGAGGGUAGAUAUGGAGAAAACUGUGAAUAUGCUUGCCCUGAGCGAUGUUCAAGAGGUGUUUGUUUCAAUGAAUCUGGUAACUGCAAAGGUUGUAAUGGCAAUUUCGAAGGUGAAAAAUGUGAAAACUGUCAGACUGGGUACUACGGACCAUAUUGCAACGACAAAUGUUCUAAAAAUUGUUUCAUUGAUAUUUGUGAUAGAAAUUCAGGACUAUGUACUCAUGGGUGUAAAAGUAAUUAUUUCGGAGACAGAUGCUGCUUGCAAAACUCCAAUUGUAUGAAAUGUUCGUCUAAUACAGAAUGCAAUGAAUGCAAGUCAGGUUUCUAUGGGGAAACAUGUAACAAGACAUGCAGCAGCGAUUGCGUUGGUAACUUGUGCAAAAAGGAGACUGGCGUGUGUGUGCUUGGAUGUCACGAGAAAUGUGAUGAUCAUAAAUGUGGUAGUGAUGUAGAAAAUCAAAAACCAGAGGAUAAAUCCCAGACAGUCAUUAUAGUGAUGGGUGUAAUCAUAGCACUUUUAGCUCUUGUUGUCAUUAGUUUGACUGCAUCGAAAAUUGUCGUCUGGAGAAGGAAAUCUACUCAGAGUUUCAGAAACACUGAAGCCGCAAUAGUAACUUUCGAAAAUGCGAUCUCAUCUACAAAUGCUGAACUGAGGGGAGAUAAAGAAAAUAUGUCCACAAGGAGAGAUCAUAUUUACUAUAACACAAAGGAAGACAAUCAUGAUUCAGAACACGAAUAUGAAUAUAUAUCGUCUGCUGUUUGAUCAUCAAAUAAUACAAGCUGGAAAACAUGGAGAGGAACAAAACAAUUGAUGUACAAUUGUAAAUGAUACGCCUGGCAAAUAAUGUACUAUAGAUGAUAACGGAGUAUAUUCUUGAUUUACAAUAAAUGUAUAUGUACUUUAUUCAUUGUAUGUGUAUAUUAAAUGACGUAUUUGGUUACAUUUUCUGUUCAUUUUUGCUUUUUAUUAUAGUAUAGUACAAGAUAUUUGCUUUUAAAGUGUUUCAUGUUAUUAUAUGUGAUGAGCUUAAUAACAUAAUUAUUUACAUUAUUCAGAUAUGUUAACAACUUCCAGAUCUUUGUCAAAAUUUUACUUUAUAGGUAUAUAUCUCAUUAUCUAUCGCAUACACUUAUGCUGUCUUAAUAAGGAUACUGUUAAUAGGCAAAUAUAAUCAUUACAAAAGAAACAUGUUUUUAUUUAUGAUUUGAAACGGUAAACCAUCUUAAUAUGA